CUGAUUUGUGUGUAUGAUGAAGGCAGAAGGCAUCCCGGGCAUCGAGCAGUUCGCCAGCCCGGGCAAGGGCAGAGGUCUGCGGGUGAGCAGAGCAUAUGGAGUCGGUGAACUACUGUUCUCGUGUCCCGCAUAUUCAUACGUGCUGUCUGUGGGAGAGAGAGGACUCAUCUGUGAACAGUGCUUUACGAGGAAAAAGGGUCUUGCCAAAUGCGGAAAGUGCAAAAAAGCGUUCUACUGCAAUGCGAACUGUCAGAAAAAGAACUGGCCCAUGCACAAGCUGGAGUGUCAGGCCAUGUGUGCAUUCGGAGAGAACUGGCGCCCCUCAGAGACGAAAGCCCAGAAAGAAAGAAGCCCGUCAGAGAUUCUGCUCUUACUGGGGGAAAUGGAAGCCCACCUGGAGGAUAUGGAUAAUGAGAAAAGAGAGAUGACUGAAGCACAUAUAGCCGGUCUACAUCAGUUCUACUCCAAACACCUGGACUUCCCUGACCAUCAGGCCCUGCUCACACUAUUCUCACAGGUUCACUGUAACGGCUUCACUGUGGAGGAUGAGGAACUCUCAAACUUGGGUUUAGCCAUUUUUCCAGACAUUGCCCUCUUGAACCACAGUUGCUCUCCCAAUGUCAUAGUCACAUACAGAGGCAUCAACGCUGAAGUACGGGCCGUGAAGGACAUCAGUCCAGGGCAGGAGAUUUACACCAGCUACAUAGACCUGCUGUACCCUACAGCGGACCGAUUGGAGAGACUCAGAGACAUGUACUACUUCAGCUGUGACUGCAAAGAGUGCACCACCAAAUCUAUGGAUGUGGUGAAGAUGAGUGUGCGGAAGCGGAGUGAUGAAAUCGGGGAAAAGGAGAUUAAGGAUAUGGUGCGUUACGCUCGGAACUCCAUGGAAAACUUCCGCAGGGCCAAACAAGACAAAAGUCCCACUGAGCUGCUGGAGAUGUGCGAGCUCAGCAUUGACAAGAUGAGCACCGUGUUUGAUGACUCCAACGUCUACAUCCUUCAUAUGAUGUACCAGGCUAUGGGCAUCUGCCUCUUCACAGAGGAUUAUGAAGGAGCAGUGCGCUAUGGGGAAAAAGUCAUCAAGCCAUUCACUGUCCUCUACCCAGCAUACUCUAUGAAUGUUGCAUCUAUGUUUCUGAAGUUGGGCAGACUCUACAUUGCUCUGGACAGGAAGUUGGCUGGCAUCGAUGCCUUUCAGAAGGCGUUGACCAUCAUGGAGGUUGUUCAUGGAAAGGACCACACAUAUGUAACGGAGCUCAAACAGGAGAUGAGAGAUUUCUGAACAAGAUUUAAUAGGGUAUAUGCACAGUGACGUUUAAUUAAGGACGUUUUCAUAUUUAAGAUCUGGUUUCUUGAAAAAUCAAUGAUUGAUGUAAGAGAUAAAGUUUGUGUCAGACCAGACAAGAAGCACCACAUUAAAUUCAAGUGUUCUGUUCCGUCCAUAAAAUAUGGCAAAUUUAUAUAUAUAUAUAUAUUUUAUAAUUUUAUAAUUUUAUAAUUUUAAUUUAUAUAUAUAUAUAUAUAUAUAUAUAUAUAUAUAUUUUUUUUUUUAAUUCUUUCAUUUUCUUUUCGGCUUAGUCCCUUUAUUAAUCUGGGGUCGCCACAGCGUAAUGAACCACCAACUUUUUCGGCUUAGUCCCUUUAUUAAUCUGGGGUCGCCACAGCGGAAUGAACCGCCAACUAUUUCGGCUUAGUCCCUUAAUUAAUCUGGGGUCGCCACAGUGUAAUGAACCGCCAACUUUUCGGCUUAGUCCCUUUAUUAAUCUGGGGUCACCACAGUGGAAUGAACCGCUAACUUUUUCGGCUUAGUUCCUUUAUUAAUCUGGGGUCGCCACAGUGGAAUGAACCGCUAACUUUUUCGGCUUAGUUCCUUUAUUAAUCUGGGGUCGCCACAGCGGAAUGAACCGCCAACUAUUUCGGCUUAGUCCCUCAAUUAAUCUGGGGUCGCCACCACGUAAUGAACCGCCAACUAUUUCAGCUUAGUCCCUCAAUUAAUCUGGGGUCGCCACAGCGUAAUGAACCGACCAACUAUUUCAGCUUAGUCCCUUAAUUAAUCUGGGGUCGCCACAGCGGAAUGAACCGCCAACUAUUUCGGCUUAGUCCCUUAAUUAAUCUGGGGUCACCACAGUGGAAUGAACCGCUAACAUUUUCGGCUUAGUUCCUUAAUUAAUCUGGGGUCGCCACAGCGGAAUGAACCACCAACUAUUUCGGCUUAGUCCCUUAAUUAAUCUGGGGUUGCCACAGCGGAAUGAACCGCCAACUUUUUCGGCUUAGUCCCUUAAUUAAUCUGGGGUCGCCACAGUGGAAUGAACCAACAACUUAUCCAGCAUAUGUUUUACGCAGUGGAUGCCCUUCCAGUUGCAACCCAUCAGUGGAAAACAUCCAUACACACUCAUUGACACACACACUACGGCCAACUCAAUUCCCCUAUAGCACACGUGUUUGGACUUGUGGGUGAAACUGGAGCACCCGGAGGAAACCCAUGCCAACACAGGGAGAACAUGCAAACUCCACACAGAAACACCAAAUGACCCAGCCGGGACUUGAACCAGCGAGUUUCUUGCUGUGAGGGGGGAAAGAUCGGCAAAGGACCUUGAGCCAGAAAUCGGACUUGGGUUGCUGUGAGGAGAUCAGUGCUAUAUUUUGGUGCACUUCCAAAAUAGUUUCACCCCAGCCUGCUGCUCCUGACGGCGCUUGUGUUUAAAUGAACAUCUAAAUGAAUGCUUAAGUCUAUUUAAAUGUCAGUAUUUGAAUUUACAUGAUCUGUGCUGUAAAAAAAAACCUAAUGAAAUAAAAAAAUAAUCACAUCAA